AUGCCGCACGACUUCAAGUUUCUGGCUCCGGAACCUAUAAACCUGGCGAAUAACGAGUCUACAUCUGACGACCGCCUGGUACCGACGCUGCACUUUGAAAAUGUGACGGUGGGCGGGUGCACCAUAGUCAACAGCCAAAACAACAAGUUUACAGUGUGGCAGGUGGAUCUGACGCUGGCGUCAAGCGGGCCUUUGGAACGCGGGAAUCCAAAAAUACAUGUUAACAAGCGUUACCGCGACUUCGUGGUGUUUCGAGAAAAGCUAAUGCAGGAGCUUCCGCCUGUAUUGCGGACCAAUGUGCCGGAGCUGCCACCCAAAAUUUCGUGGUAUGACGCUCUGCGCUACGAAGAUGCCAAUUUCAAAAGCAGCUGGCUAGCACGGCGACGUGCAGGGCUGGAACUGUUUCUGAACCAACUGCUAUUGAACGACAAAAUGUUGGAAGCAGCGCUAGAGUUGGUGAAACGGUUUUUAGAAAAGUAG